GACUCAGAAAGGAGAAGAAUAUAUGUAAAAAAAAAAAAAAUGAACAGACGGAUGUUUUGCAUUAUUUAAAAUUAUUUUCUUGAAAUUUGCUUAACUUUUUUGACACGCCGUUCUUGUUUACGAUUGGUCCAAUCUAAUUUGGCGGCGACAGUGACGUAGCUUCAACUGGCCACUUAAGCGCAACGCUGUAGACGCCGAUUUAUGGGAACACAUUCGUGUUUAUAAGGUGAUGCCCACUGUCAACAAUGAUUCUGAGAACUAGUUAACGUCGGCAAAUCGUAUACCGCCGCAUCGGUCUGUUCUCAGUCCGUCUUUAGUGACUCGGGACACCGCCAGAAGAUGUCAGCGGCUCCUGCUCCAAUAGAAGCGACUCCUCAGGUGCUGAGAGACCGACUGCUGCAGUCUAUGGACGGCCAGUGCAAUCAGAUACGCAACAUGAUUGUUGUUUUGGAAGUUAUUUCUCUUUUAGAGAACUAUCCCAUCACCAAACGAGCACUUGAGGAAACCCGCCUCGGAAAGCUCAUCAAUGAUUUGCGCAAAAAAACAAAAAAUGAGGACCUGGCUCGCCGGGCUAAGAAGAUUCUACGAACCUGGCAGAAACUAAUUGAAGCAGACAGUGAUGAAAUGUUGUUAAAAAGAAACACAGGUACCUCACGGUCUUUGAGUGGUGAAGGUAGUCCGUGCGUGCCCCUGCUGGCUACAUCAUCUAAACCAGAUUUGCGGAACAACAAUGAAUUCAACCACUUUUUACCCCCAAAUCAAGACAGACCAGAAAACCAUAAAAUCAAGGUUGACCAGAAGGAAGGACAGUUUCUAGUCAAGAAAUGCAAAAUGAAUCUAAAUGACAAAAUGCAGAUGCCAAAUAAUCUAGAAAGACAUUUAAACAACAGUAUUGAAAUUUCAUCCUCCACUAAUUCAAAGAAAUGUCAACAUUCAGACAGGGGUAUUUCUGAAUCUUUCACCAAUAAAAGGCUUCAUAAAAUCUUAAUCAAUUCUAUUCAACCUCAACCAAUAGGCCGAAGAUACAGCAGGUCACUCAGCACAUCUGCUCUGCAUAAAGUACCAGUUCUGCAGCACCAAGCCAGUCAGGAACAAGUUGCCUCUAGGGGGCACUGCCGAGUCAGAGGUUCCUUGCAAACGUCUCAAACUCUGACGCAGGAAGCCCUUGUCAAGCAGGUUGCACCAGCACAGGAGCAGAGUGUUUCUAAUACAAAAAUGAGACCUGGGUCUGAAGGCAACUUAGAACCUUCUGCUCAACCUUCAGGGUACUGUGUUAAGAAUUUUAGGCGUUCAUGGUCUGCGGAUUCGGGUUCUCAAAAGUGCACCACCUUGUCUACCAGUGUGAACCGUGACCAUAGACAAGAUAGUGACAGUACAGGGAAAAGAGAAGGACAGAAAUACAGGCCUAAAGGAAAUGAUGCAUGUGCAGAUACACUAGCUCUACAACGUAGCACAAAACCCCUGCAGUUAACAGACAAGAGAAUAAAACUUGAACCUGAAACAGGGAGGAAGACACUCUUCUCCCAACUGGAAUGCUCACCUGACAAAGAGGUCAAACUGGACAAUCAACCUCAGGGGUCGGAACAAACUCGGCCAAAUCCUUCAUGUCCCUUCCAGUUGACUGACCGGAAAAGGUUGUCAAGAAGCGAAAUCAUACAGUCCUAUCUAAGUCGGCAGAGCAGUGUGCAGACAUCAUCAUGUGUCCGCACUCACGGUGAGUAUGUUUUCAUGACAGACUUCUUUAAGAAAGGAGUACAACAGAGUCAAGACACCAAAACAAAACACGCGUUGGCAACUCAAGUCCCAGUCGAGGAUUUACCAGGGAUAACCCGAGAGGUCACUAAAGACGACCUGAGCAGAUUAAACACACAACACUGGCCCGGUGUCAAUGGCUGUUAUGACACAAAGGGUGUCUGGUAUGACUGGACACAGUGUGUCUCCUUGGACCCAAAUGGAGAUGGGAAGAAGUUAAAGAUACUACCAUAUGUCUGUCUGGACUUGAUGUGAAUUAUCUUUCUGUAACAUUUGAGUGUGCAUGGGUGCUGCAUUGUGGAUGAUUGUUGAUAUUUUACAGUUUUCAGUAAAAAAACUUGAGCAAGA